AUGCCUGCUGCAGGAAAGCUGUCUAACAGCUGCAAUGCGACUUUCUCUACUCGAGUGAACUGCGAUCCCACGAUACUGGACGUUGCCUAUGAUGGUUACUUCUCUACAACCGAUGAUCUGUCCUCGCUUUGCACGUCGUCAUGUGCGAGAUCUCUGAACAAUCUCUAUCACACCCAGAAGAGUGCUUGCACCAAGGGAGACACUUUAUCGGACUCGGCGUACGUCUAUCCCGCUACAUUCACCGUGGAAACCCUCCUCUGGAUGUACAACUACACUUGUCGGCGAGACCCGAAAUCUGGAGACUUCUGUGCUCCAAUCUUCGAUGCCUGGGGAGAUGGGAAGGCGGAAAACCAAACGUGCUCGGAUUGUGUACUUGGAACAUAUCAAGCACAGAUGAACUUCCCCAUGGGCUACGAUAAGGAUCUCGCCAAUACAUUCUCGUCCAUGACCUCAUUCUGCAGUGCUACCAAUUAUCCUAUCACGUCGCCUGAACCUGCAACGGUAUCUCAAAGUGCAAAGCCCACCCCAGCUCUAUCGUCUUCUGCCGCUGCCAGAAACUGUGCCAGCACCUAUACGGUCAAAGAUGGGGAUGACUGUCAUUCGAUCAGUCGAUCCCAGAGUGUUUCCCUGACCAAUAUGCUCUAUCUUAACAACCUUGAAGCCGGAUGUACUCACUUUUCCAGGGCGGGUACAAAGCUCUGCAUGCCCCAAAAGUGUCAGGUCUAUACCGUGAAGAAAGAUGAUUCAUGUUACGGGAUCGCGGAGGAUCACAAAAAUGCCUUCACCAUGUCUCAGUUGGUCUCAUGGAACGUUGACAUCAACAGCGGCUGCGAUAAUCUCGAGAUGUUAGUCGGGCACCAAAUUUCCGUCAGCUAUCCUGGGGACGGCGGCUCAAAAAGUUCAGUCACUCCAGUUCCCUCGGCGCCAGUUCCCUCGUUUUCUUGCUGGGACUUGAACGGUCAUGUUCCGAGUAGCUGUAUUGUGACGACAUACGAGACGCUGCCGCCUUGGGUGUGGCCUGGAUACAGGACCAACUCAAGCAGCGGCAUUUCGCAUGCCAGCACAAGCACACCAGCAACUUCUUUCUCGUAUUACUGGACUCCUCUCCCUUCCAUCUACACGAUGCCACCCGAAACAACAUCUUCGACCAUCGAGACCAAUCCCACUCCACUACCUCAUGAUAGUAGCAUGGUAUCGGGCUGCAUAGACUACUGGAUCAUGCGCGGUAUGAAGUAA